CGAAUCUAUUCAUUUGUGCGAUUUUUUUUAUACGACAAAACAAACGGUUUACAUUAGAGAAAUGGCUAUGACAAAAACGUAGCCGACUCUGCCAAUAAAAUACUUUUUAAAACUUUCAUCUUGUUGGCUACUGUCAGAUCUAGGUUCAAUUCGAGAAUUCAGUGAAAUUUGAAUUUAGCAAAUCAUUUCUUUAAAAGCUGACGCAAUAAAAUGAAGUCACAACCACUGCAAGGGGCUUUCUUUUCUAGGAAAACGAAAGUGAGACAGUACAGUUUAGAAAAUGGCAGAGAGCUGUAUGGAUCGUUUGUCCUGCCCAAUAUGCUUGGAUACCCUCAAGACUCCUGUGACUUUGCUUUGUGGCCACAGCUUCUGCAUGGACUGUGUUAAUGGCUAUUGGGACCAGGAGCAAGUUGGGAGUACUUACAGCUGCCCCCAGUGUAGACACACCUUCAUCCAUAGACCUGUGUUGAGUAAGAGCACAGUCCUGGCUGAUCUGGUGGAGGAAAUUCCCAAGGAACAACAACCUUGCCUUCUUGAGAAGGAUGAAGUCAGUCCAGGGGAUGUGGAGUGUGAUUUCUGCAUUGGGAAGAAGCUGAAAGCGGUUAAGUCUUGUCUUGUUUGCCUGGCCUCCUACUGUGCCACCCACUUGCAGCCUCACUAUGAGUCUGCUGCUUUCAAAAGGCACAAGCUGGUUGAGGUCUCCACCUGCAUUCAACAGAAGAUCUGUCCGAAGCAUGACAAGCUGCUGGAAGUUUACUGUAGAAGUGAUGGUCAGUGCAUCUGCCUGCUGUGUGUGAUGGAUGAGCACAAAGGUCACAACACUGUCUCAGCUGCAGCAGAGAGAAAAGAGAAACAAGUAUGAGUUUGUUUUUAAGAGCAUGAGUAUUCUGUAGACAAGAUCAUAUUGAUGCCAAAAUCCAUGUAAAUUGUAUUUUCAGAAAGGUUUUGGAAAAAGAAAAAAAAGCUUCCAGCUCAGAAUUCAAGAGAAGGAGAAGCAGCUGCGACAACUCAGACAAAAAAUGAAAGAGCUGCAGGUGAGCUGUCCUGUACUCAUUCUGAGCUGACUUCAUUGCAUUUAAUGUGUUCUGUACUUUUUCCUUCAAAGUAAUUGGCAUAUACUUUUUCAGAGUUCUGCGGAUGCAGCAGCCGCUGAAAAUGAGAGAGCCUACACUGAAAUAGUCCGUAUGGCAGGUAAAAAGUGUCAUGCUGUGGAAGAGCUGAUCAGAGUUCAGGAGAAAGCUGCAGGGAGUCGAGGUGAGGCCGUCCAGGAGCGUCUGAAGAGGGAAAUCUCAGAGCUGAGGAAGAAAGAGGAUGACCUGAUGCAGCUGUCACUCACUGAGGAUCACAUUCAUUUCCUGCAGGUACAGGAUAAUCCACAUAUAAAGUUGGGCUAUUGAGUCGGAAACAUUACCUAGUAUUAUUAUUAUUAUUAUCAUUAUUAUUAUUAUUAUUAUUUUUUUUUAAAUAUGUUUUCAGAGCUGUCAGGACAUUUUUGUCUCUCCUCAACUGGAUGUGGGCUCUGAUUCUGAAAUUCCCCCACACCCAAAUUUUGACUUUGUGACAAAGGCCAUUUCUGAUCUAAAGAACAUGAUGAAAAACCUGGAGAAAGAAACUAAUGAAGUAUCUGAAUCAAGUAAGUAAAUAACCUAACUAAACUCUAAACUAUGUCCUAAACUCUGUAAUAUUAUUGUUUUGUAAAAACUGGUAUAUCAAAGUUAAAAAAAAUUGUGCUUUCUUUUGUAGUUCAAGCUACUGAUCCAGAAACGAGACAGGAGUUCUGCCUUUGUGAGUAAUUACUGUAGCAAAAGUGUUUUGAUAGUUCCAUGUUCUUCAGUGUACCUCUAACAUCUUUCUGGAUACUAACAACCUCUACAUUUUAGAUUCCUGCCACCUACUGUUGGAUCCUAACACAGCUUUUGAAAACCUUCUUCUAACUGAGGGAAACAGAGCUGUGACCUGGGUUAAGAAAGCCCAGAAGUAUCCACACCACCUUGACAGAUUUACCAAGUAUGAUCAGGUGCUGUGCUCUGAAGGUUUAUCAGGAGUUUGCUACUUUGAGGUUGAAUGGCGGGGUCACAAGGUUGAGAUCUCUAUGUCUUAUAAGGGAUCAGAGCUGGAAGAAAGUGGGUUUGGAUUCUCUGAUCAGUCUUGGUGCAUUUGCCUUUCAAAUUCAGGUUGCAGCUUUUGGCACUUAGGAAUCAAAACCAAGAUAUCCAGCCCGUGCUCCUCGACUGUGGGAGUCUAUCUGAAUCACAGUGCUGGGGUUCUGUCCUUUUACAGUGUGUCUGAUUCUGAUCAAAUGAGCCUUCUUCACAGAGUUCAGACCAUGUUCUCCCAGCCUCUGUACCCAGGGUUCAUGGUCUCCAGAGGGUCUUCCCUUAAGAUUCUGCCUCUGAAGUAGAAAGUAUGUUGUGUGACAGUUGCACGAGUUCAGCAUCAUUGUUAUAGUAUGAUAAUUACAGUGCCUUUAUUCUACAUGUUGACCAUAUUAUCUUUAAAGGUUUUCCAGGCAAAGCUAAGCGUAGAAGAGUUGGUUUGUGCUUUUGAGCCUAAUGUUAACUUCACAUUUUAGUCAACAAAAAUGGUUUUAACCUUUUAGUUUUCGUGAUCUUGAUUAGUUUUUUUGGGGGAACAGUAACCAAACUCCACACCUUCCUUGGUGGGGACAAUACUACAGAACUGUAAUGAGGUAACACGUUAAAUGUUUAUUUAGUGCACAUAGUUGUAAAGCUGCAACCACGAUGUUGGUUGUUACAUAUCUGAGUAUUUUUAAGGGGGUAUAAGAAGUUUGAGAUCUUUCCUAGUUGGUAUAUGGAGUAGGCCUAUACCCACAUAUCAUGUACACAACACCACAACCUGUAAUGAAUCUGAUUUAGCUUUGUACCCCACACUUUCUUUCAAGUCUAAGGUACUGUAAGUAUAAUAAUUGCACAAGAUAAAGAUUUUCAGUAGCUGCUAUCUGACAGAUUGCUUUGGUUCUGCCACUAAUCUGUAUGUACUGAUGCUAAUAAAGUCUUUCAAAAUGUA